UGUGGCUUCACCCUGACUGACUAUUUUCCCAGGUGUUAGCCUUGCAGUUCUAACUUUUAAGGCUGCAAUGCCUGAACCCACCAAAUCUGCUCCCGCCCCGAAGAAGGGCUCCAAGAAAGCGGUGACUAAGGCGCAGAAGAAGGAUGGCAAGAAGCGAAAGCGCAGCCGCAAGGAGAGUUACUCCGUGUACGUGUACAAGGUGCUGAAGCAGGUCCACCCCGACACCGGCAUCUCGUCCAAAGCCAUGGGCAUCAUGAACUCGUUUGUCAACGACAUCUUCGAGCGCAUCGCCGGCGAGGCCUCGCGGCUGGCGCAUUACAACAAGCGCUCGACCAUCACGUCCCGGGAGAUCCAGACGGCCGUGCGCCUGCUGCUGCCCGGGGAGCUGGCCAAGCACGCCGUGUCCGAGGGCACUAAGGCCGUCACCAAGUACACCAGCUCCAAGUAAACUUGCCAAGUCUCCAAGUUGAUCCUGGCGUUGUUCCAGAACUUGCGGAUGACAGAUUACCCCAGAGCAGGAAAGAGCAUGCUCUGACAACUUCAUUCUGCACUUUUUCUAUUCUAUUUUUCUUUUUUCUUUUUCAAGCCAUGUAGACAUAUCUGAAAAAAGGCUGAAGACAAUGUGAGUUUUCACAGAUAUAUUGCAAAGGCUUUACUGGUUUGCUUGCUUUGUAAUUGGUGCAGUUCUGCUUGAGGUUCUGAGCAGCUGCAGGGGAGGUAAAGGAGAAGCCCAAACUAUCCUAAAGGAUCCGACGGAAGGGAAAGGGAAAGGGAAGCCGUCUUUGAAAUCCCUUGAAAUCCUCUCAGCUACUAUAUCUUCUUUCCCAGAAAGUCCUAAUUAAUUCUUAGUCCUGGGGGAGGGGCAGCAUUCAGCUUUAAUAUCCUCUGGGUCAAAAGAGAGAAGCCCAAACUCUCAGUCGGUUAAUGUGUAGGAAUCAGGGCGGAAGCCCCCUUUUCAGCACCCUUACCGCUUUACCGAAUGUCCCCGAGUAUCAAGGGCAGAGAGGAAGUAGAAAGGGAAGGGCAGGCAGCCCCUUCUGGCAGCAGUUGGCUUUUGCUUUACUAAGUCGGAUAGCCUUAAGUGUUUUCAUUGCUGGGGAAGAUAAACCUCUGAAAGGAAGUGGGGGUGGGGGAGUGUGUGGCGAGAAGGAAAGGAAUCGAUAAUCAGAGGUGGCCAAGAAAAUUGCAAAGUAGAUGAGGCUGGACUGAGAGUGAAGUGCUGAUUGAGAUGGAAAAUCUCAAUGGUAGGCAGUGGUAUUGUAGGCUGAGAGAAGAAUGAAUUUAGAAACUCUAGGGUUCUCACAUCUCCCAAACAGAGAGAUUCAUGGAUCAUGGGGAUAGAUUUUCCAUAAUAAGGCAAUCUGGGUACUUGGAUGGACAAUUAAAAUUUAGAAACGUAUUUUUUAAAUUUAUAAAAGCAACAAAAAGCCACUACAAAAGUAAGGAACUCUCAGACCCAGGGGUUUGGUCCAUGUUGAAACCACAAGCGCCACAGCUGGCGUCACCCAAACCUAAACUGUGUUUUUUAUGGUGUUAUGUGAAGACUGGCCCUGGUGGGGAGCCUGAUAAGAACUCUUUUCCAGUGAAGCUGAGACACCAGACCAGAAUAAACUAGUAAUAAACAUGCACACAUACAACUCAUCAUUGAUUGCAAAGUUGGCCCUGAGCCUUGUUGCCUGGCAAGCAGAUGCUACCGCUGAGAAUUUGGACUAUAAGCCAGCCUUCGCUCUUACUCGUUUCAUCAUUAAUACUGCGAGGAUUCAAAACACCCGGGGUGCAGAGUUCCCACUGUGGCGCAGUGGUUAAAGAAUCCAACUAGGAACUAUGAGGUUUCGGAUUC